GUACCAGAGGAAAGCAAGUCAGCAACGGGAAGUAGUGGUAAUACAGAGAGAGGAGUAAGUAGACUGUAAUAUCAAGGAGAGGAAGGGGUGAGUGCACACAGCAGGGUUACUGCAGCUCAGAGGAGAGGCAGGAGGAAGUUGCUGUAAGGCUUGGCAGAUUCUGGAAAUUCUCACAAUGAAGCUUGGUUGCCUGAACCUGACCUUGCUACUGAUUUCUGUGCACUGUUUGAAUUACUCUUGGAGUGAGAACAGCCAGCAGCAGAAAGUGUCUGCUCUUACUGUGCUGGAACAGACUGAAGAAAACAUUGAAAAGAAGAAGGAGGAAGUAACGGUGGAAGAUGAUCUGGACCCUGAGGACAUUGAGGUCUUUUACCCAACUAAUGAAUGGCAAAUAAUUAAACAAGGCCAAGCAAUUCCUGCAGGGCUACAUGUUCGGCUAAACUUGGAGACUGGAAAAAAUGAGGCAAAACUCCCAGAUGAUGGGGAUGGGAAGAGUGGACUGAAGUACUGGAAGCAAGGGAGCAGACAUGGAAUGGUGAAUACGGACUCUGAAUCCUUCACAGCUGAGGAGUUGAAAAGGGCCUUAAAGUUAAUGAAACAAGAAGGCAACACAGAGACUGAAGAGGGCCAUCAGGAGCAAGUGCGGAAGACAUUCCGCCCUAUCAAAGAGCUGAUGGAAAAUUUUAAAGCAAUGAAUGUGGUCAUGGAGACGGAUAUGGAAGUAAUCGAUAAACUUGUCAGCAAAUUCAACAGCACGAGUGUGACACUGGAGGACAAGGUUGCAGCUCUACAUGACCUGGAAUACUAUGUCCACCAGGUGGACAAUGCCCAGCAUCUGACGUCCACUGGGGGACUGCAGCUUGUGAUCAAUGCAUUAAAUGCCACCGAGCCCCACAUUCAGGAGCACGCUGCCUUUGUGCUGGGAUCUGCACUCUCUGGCAACCCGAAAGUUCAGAUUGAGGCGAUAGAAGCUGGGGCUUUGCAGAAAUUAUUGAUAUUGUUGGCGACUGACCAGCCAGUGGCAAUAAAGAAAAAGGCUCUCUUUGCAGUUUCAUCAAUGUUGCGCCACUUUCCAUUUGCCCAGCAGCAGUUCCUGAAACUUGGAGGCCUGCAAGUACUAGGGCAGCUCUUUCAGGCAAAGGGAAUGGAGUCCCUGCGUAUUCGAGUCAUGACGUUGCUCUAUGACAUGGUCAUGGAGAAGAAACUUAUCCAAGAGGCACAAGACAAUACUGUUCAACACCAGGAGAAAUGCCGUCAAUAUGAUGUGGUUAACUUGCUGCCUCCAAUGCUGGAACAAGACUGGUGCAUGCUGGUUCCAAAGCUCUUGACGUCUACUGAACAUGACACAAGAGAAAAAGUCUUGAGGACUAUGAACCUUAUGAUUUCAUCCUGCAGGAAUGAGUACCGGGCUAUGCAGGGCCUGAUUUCCUUACUGAACACGCUCCGAUCGGAAUAUGAGGAACUGGCUGCUGAAGAGCAGAGAGAGGGAGAGCAAGAUGGUUACUUCCAGGGACUCUUGAACUCUGUCAAUGACAUCAUUAAGAAACUGGGAUGAUUGGUGUCGCCACAAUAUCUGGAGCUAGUUUCAACUUGAACUUUUUUUCAAAAAAAACUUAAAGAUUUUGUGACAAUACAAUGUUGUGAAAGGUUUUACUCUCCAGAGUAAAUUGAAGCCAAAGUGAACUUUACAUGUUCCCUUCUUUUUGGAAUGUGUUGUGAUGCCUUAUGUAAAAUCUUAAAAUGACAUGGUUGGGUUAGUAAAGCCCUUUGUUAUCCAAGUUGCCCUCUUUACCAUUGGCUUUAAGGGAAGUUGGUGCACUUGGUGCAUAUUUCUACUGAAAUGUAGAGUAAAUUCAGUAUUGAACCACCUGGCUUGGCCUUGCAGAUUUCUGAAGCUUUUCUUCCCUUUCUAUGUUUUGCUUUAGAUCCUCAAAAUGCACUAAGAUGACUUUUUAUGGAGUCAACAAAUGUAAUCAGUGCCAAAAUGCUAGUCGUGGGUCUCAGCAGAUCCCUGCAGGGGACUUGCUGUGGAUCUCGCUCACUGUCACUGUUCAGUAAAUGUUGCUCCUGAGUUGGAACAGAGGAGUUCAGAGGGAGCAAAUAAAUGCUAACCAGUGACAACUUUAAAAUAAUACUUGCUCAUGAUUUACACUAAUAACUAUAAAUAUCUAAUUGUUACCUGGAAAAUAGUGAUUUGGGAAUGUUUUACCGAAGAGUUUGUUAAUACUUCUGCAUUGUUGAUAUAUGGAAAAAUUUUAUUUACAUAUAUUUUCAGCUUCCACAAGCAUUUAUUUUUAAAAAUGCCUGUAUACUGAAAUUCCAUAGCUUCCUUAGUGCAGGAAAUGUUUAGGGUACAACAACUUAAGUUUUCUGUAUCCAAAAUAAACUGUAAACAUGUUUGCUCAA